UGGUGCGGGCACACUGGUGGCGUUCACUCCUGUGCGCUCACGUCCCGGCCUCUGCAACGCUCGGCGCCCAGUGUCGGUAGGAUGGAAAGUUCUCCAUCCCACCCCUGCCUAGAUGGCAGCUGUAGGUCCGCGCCGGGACGUCGGGGCAGAACUGGGCAGAGCUGGGUGUCCGGCGUCAGAGCCUGAGGGUUAGAAUCCGAAUCCUGACGUUAGAGACUGAUUUUCGCGUUGGACUCGAAUCUUAGCCUUAGAGUGUCGGCCUCAGUGUUAGAAACAAUUUCACCGUUGAAAUUAGGAUUUUAGAGUCAGAACUGGUGGUUUCCUAGCUUAGCCAAAGAAUCUUAGCAUUGGAAAUAGAAUCUAAGAGUUGGAAUUGGAACGGUGACAUGGGAAUUCGAAUGUUGGGAAAGGAGCGUUGGACCAAAAAUGUGGCGCCGGGAAGAAUCUUAGCCUGCGACGCAGGAAUUAGCAUUGUGGCCGUCGGGCCCCCGCGCUCUUGGUGGCUACACUCCUGGCGAGCCUGCAGCGCGCUGGCUUCCCCAGCUCCGGGUGACACUGAGGAGUGGCGGUGGCGAUGGGGUUCCCACGGCUUCUAGGCUCGCGCAGGCACAACUGGGCGCGGGCAGGCCCCGAAAUGCCUGGCCCUUGGUUGCUGCUCGCCUUGGCGUUGACCUUGACCGUGGCUGGUAUUCCGGGAGGCCGCGCCCAGCCGGAGGUGGCCCAGCAUGAGGCCGGUGAGCACGCAGGCCUGGACGACCUCUUGCGCCAGGCAGAGCGCCUCCUCCUCCUCCAGGAAGACCUCCUGCGUCUGCGAGGGAAUCAGGACGAUGGAGAAUCAGAGUCCCAGAUCAUUCAACCCGACUGGCUCUCCAAGCGUCAGCAUCCUGGCAAAAGGGAGGAGGAGGAGGCAGAAGACGGAGUUGAAGAGGAAAAAGAAGGAGGGGCCAUGGGCCCCCACAAGCGGCAGCACCCUGGCCGGCGGGAGGAUGUGGCUGCAUGGUCAGAGGUAACCCAGCAGAAGCGGCAGCACCCUGGCCGGCGCUCCUCCUGGCUUGGGUACACUUUCACCAAGAGGCAGCACCCAGGCAGACGGCUGGCGGAUCCCAAGGCCCAAAGGAGCUGGGAAGAAGAGGAAGAGGAGGUGGAGGAGGGAGAGCUGAUGCCUGAGAAACGCCAACAUCCGGGCAAGAGGGCUCUGGGAGGCCCAUGUGAGCCUCAGGGAGCCUGUGGUCAAGCCAGCCUCCUGCUGGGGCUCCUGGAUGACCUGAGCAGGGGUCAGGGGGCUGAGGAGAAGCGGCAGCAUCCUGGGCGGCGGGCGGCCUGGGUCAGGGAGCCCCUGGAGGAGUGAACCCAGCUUCCUAUCAAGUUUGGGGUCUAAGAAUGUCUUAAGUCUUGUGGGUCCUAUUCCCUUUGUGACCCCUUCUUUCCCUCCUCCUUAGAUCCCUGACCAUAAACCCGAGCCCCCUGUAUGUACAACACCCAGUUCUCUGGCCUUGUUCCCCCUCCCCCUUCAGGGACAUGAGAACGGGAGCCUGAGUUAAAACCCUGGAUUUCCCCACUUUGCACUGUUGGCAGGGGACAGAUCCCAGAGUCCCUCUCCCCGCACCCCCACAGGCUGCUCCCCUUCCUUAGCCCUGGCUAAAAAUGACCCUUCUGUGUCUUUUAAGGGAUCCCCAGAGAGGAGCAGGGUGACUAGGUCCAGCAGCCAGUGAGGUCAGGGUGGGAUUGAAGAUGUGAUGUCCAAAUCCAGUUUCUAUCCCCUGCUCCAUGAGUCAAGAUUUGCCACAUGUCAACUUUAUUUACCUCCAGAACUGGGGGUCUCCUCUGCUUCUUGGGCCUCCUUUUUGUGGGUGUGCAGAGCCCUGACCCAUGGCUAUGUUCUGCUUGGGAAUGAUGGCAGGUGGAGGCAUCCUGUGCUGUGCUGUGUGGAGGUUGUGGGAAUAAAGAUGUGCGGGUGUAUGUAAACAGCCCUGAAUGCUGAACUUGUAUAUAACCCUCUAGGCGCCUUCCCCUUGUCCGUGAUCAUCAUCUGAAUGAUAAUAAAACAUGCAUCCAGAUAAUCUUGGAGCUCUGUGGCUCUAGUUU